CCACAGCUGAAGGCGGUACACGAGCAGCUGGCAGCUCUGUCGCAGCCCCAGACUAGUAAACCGAAGAAGAAGGAGAAAGACAAGAAGGAGCGCAAGAAGGAGAAGCACAAGAAGAAGGCUGGCGGGCCUCCCUCACUGCCCGAGGAGCUGCAGGAGCCGCCCAUACAAGGCCCCAAGAAAAGCAAGAGCAGCAAGGAGCUACUGCCCAAGAAGAGCAAAAAGCCCAGUAAAAAAGAGGCGUCGAAGAACGGCCGGUCCGCCCCCCCGAGCGGCCAACUCCCUCCCCCGUUGGGCCCAGCUGCUAGCGGAGACCCAGAGGAGGAUGUGGGGAGUGCGGCGGGCGGGCCGGAGCACUGCAAGCCCAUGUCCUACGAGGAAAAACGACAGCUGAGCCUGGACAUCAACAAGCUACCGGGUGACAAGCUGGGCCGCGUGGUGCACAUCAUCCAGUCCCGCGAGCCCUCACUCAAGAACUCGAACCCCGACGAGAUCGAGAUCGACUUCGAGACACUCAAGCCCUCCACACUGCGCGAGCUCGAGAGAUACGUCUCGUCGUGCCUGCGCAAGAAGAAGAAACUGCCUGUUGCCGAGAAGACAAUGGAAGCGAUGAGCUCAAUGAAGACGAAGACCGGCUCUUCGUCUGACUCGGGAAGCAGUGAAUCUAGCUCCUCUGACAGCGAGGCAUCCGACACUGGCGUCAUCUCCAAGCAGAAGAAGAAGAGCCACUCUGGGAAGGAGGGCAAGAAGCCGCAUCCCCAGGCGAUGGGUGCCAGCGCCCCACCACCCAUGACCCCGGUGGUUCAGCCCGCGCCGCCACUGAAGCAGCACCCCUCGCCGCCGGCCUACGUAGCGCCUUCUGCGCCGGCUCUGGACCCCUCACAGCUACUGGGCGGCACCUUCGACUCACUGCCGCACUUCGGCCAACAGCUGCGGCACCUGCCAUCACCGCCCCCACACCUCAAUGCCCACGCGCCCGCUGGGCCUGCCUCACCCCUGACCACCGAGCCGCACCCCUUCCUCAACCAGCACAUACUCACCACCCCAGCCCUGCACAAUGCCAUGCCUCAGCAGCCGUCGCGCCCCAGCAACCGGGCCGCCCCUCUACCUCCGAAACCUGCACAGCCCUCUACUCCCCAGCAGCCACAGCAACAACAACAGCAGCAGCAGCCACCGCCACCGCAGCCUCUGCAGCAGGCGCAGCCGCAGCCCCCGAAACCAGCCCUGCCCCAGCAAAUGCUGACCCACCUGCAGCCACUGCACCAACCGCUGCGCCCACGGCCCCUGUCUCCACCCACCCUAACCCCCCAGGGCCUGCUCUCAGCCCAGCCUCCGCAGAUGAUCCUGGAGGACGACGAGGAGCCCGUGCCGCUCAACCCGGUGCAGCUCUACCUGCAGCACCUGCAGCAGGCCCCGCUGUUGCAGUCUGUGCAAGUCCAGUCGCAACCUCCUGCGCAGCCACCCCCACCGGUUCAACCGCAGCAGCAGCCGCCACCCCCCCAGCAGCAGCCGCCACCUCCGCCGCAAGUCCAGCAGGCCCCCCCACCACAGCCACAGCAGCACCAGCACCCGCACCCACAUGCCCCACCGCAGCAUUCGCAGCCGCCCAGGCACAUGCAGCUCCUGCAGCAGCCGCUGGCCUAUGUUCCAGGUCCCAGCCAGCUGGCGCAGGUGCAGCAGCAGCACAAAGUGCCCGCAGCCCCUGCCAAAGGGCCGCAGAUUCUCCAGCAGCAACAGCAGCAUCCAUCGCCGCAUCAGCACACGCCUGACCCCUACAAUGCAGGACACCUGAGGGAGAGCCCCUCCCCACUGAUGAUGCAUUCCUCCCAGAUGCCCCAGUAUCCCCCCAUCACCCACCCAUCUUCCCCGCACAGCAUGCAACCCAAGAAGCCUGAGCAGCGGGUGCCCUCAGCACUGGCAGGGGUGAAAGAGGAGAAGCUACCCCCCUCGCCAGCAUCCCAGGGGGAGCCGUUCAGCCCAGUGCUCCGCCAGGAAGCCAACAAGCACCCAGACAGCAAGCCGCCGCAGCCAGGACACGGGCAGCAACGAUCGGACCCCAAGCUCCUGGAGAGCUCGCGUCCAGUGAUUCGCUCCCUCGACACCGGAGGCCCGGCCCAGAAUGUUCCGGACAAGGACAAGUUCAAACAGGAGCCUAAGACUCCAGUGGCUCCCAAAAAGGACAUGAAGCUGAAGAACAUGGGCCACUGGGCCAGCCUGGCGCAGAAGCCUGCACUGGCACCCUCAUCCACGCUCAAGUCAUCAAGCGACAGCUUUGAACAGUUCCGGCGCGCCGCCCGUGAGAAGGAGGAGCGAGAGAGGGCACUGAAGGCCCAGGCGGAGCAGGCUGAGAAGGAGCGGCUGAGGCGGGAGCAGGAGAGGCAGCGCCGCGACGAGGAGGAGGCAAUGGAACAGACCCGCCGGCCCCAUGAGGAAGUACGCAGGAGGGCAGAGCAGGUGCAGCAGCAGCAGCAGCCGCCACAGCAGCCCCCGCCUCCUCACACGCAGGCGGCCCAGCAGGUCCAGCAGCCCCCGCCCGUGCAGCCGCCCCAAACGCAGACGCCCUCUGCUUCGCAGCCCCCGCCCACGGCCGCUGCCCCGCAGCCCCCCUCUUCGCAGAGCGCGCUUGACCAACAGAGGGACCUGGCGCGUCGCAGGGAGCAGGAGAGGAGGAGACGAGAGGCGAUGGCAGCCACCAUCGACAUGAAUUUCCAAAGCGACUUGAUGGCCAUCUUUGAGGAGAACCUGUUUUAAACACAGGAAUGCAACUUGGGGAAAUACAAAGAGAAACUCACCUGGGGAGAACCAUGGACACAGACUCUGGAUGAGACAGGGGGACGUCA